UGUGGUUGCGUCUCUGCUACUUUACAAAGUUGUUUUAACUCGGCUACUUUACAAAGUUGUUUUAACUCGGUAACCAUUUUGCUACUUACUCAGUGCAAUAUUUUUUCCUAAAAUUUUGCGAACCUAUUACUGAACCCAAAUGUUGUUGACCCUCUAAAUUAACCAGCAUUUAGAUUGGUUUACAUAGUAGCCAUGUUUACAUCCUUCAUUGAUAAGAUGUUGAUACCAGCUAUGUAAGUUUGCAAUGCUUCCACUAGCUGCAGCAUCGUCUGCUACCCACACCUGCUUAACUUGUGGGUAAUUUAUAAGUAAGUGUUCUAUAAUAAUCGUGGUGUUACAAGAGUACCAUGGCAUAGCAAGGAGAUCACCUUGAGUUGUGCCUUCUUGGGAUGAUAUUUCUUUACCCCCUGCCACAAAGAGCCUCGAUGGAUUUCGAUAAGUAUUGAUUAAGUAAAUUGAAAUUAACGGACAAAUGAUCUGGAUGUUGUGUAAGGCGACUUGUCGAUUCAUACAAUACAAAAGCGUUCUUUGCGUCAAUCAAAAGUAUUGCAUCUGCUUGCACAUUGUUGAAUAUUUCCUUCAUGGCAUGUACAGCCGCUUCUGCUCCUGCCCCAUGUCCAGCACAUGUUUGUAAUGGCCUGGCUGCCUCUUUUAUCUCACUGUUGAAACUCCAGCUAAUUACUUUACCUAUGAUACGCCUUAAUACUUCUCCUACUCCAAUUGGCUUAAUACCUGGAUUUUUAUCUAGAGGAAUUAAUCGACAAGCAGUGAAAGCUUCUAGAAAUGUUGGUUCAUAUGUUUCUGUUAAUCAUGAUAAUCAUGUUGAGAUACGACGUUCAAAAAGACAUUCAAUUGAUCGACAUUCAAUAGCUGAUAAAGAAGUUCGUACAAUAAUUUCAGCCAUUGUUGAUGCAAUUCUUGAUGGAGAUAGGAAAAAAAGAUCCUAUAUCCCAGAAGAUGAUGACGAAAAUGAUAAGGAUGAAGAAGAUGAUUUUCAAGAUGAUUUAAAUAAAUUUUCAGAAAAUUCAGAAUCAGAAGAAGGAGCGCAAAAUGUUGAACACAGUUCAAUAUUGGAAGAAAGUGUAGACAAUAGUGCAAAAAUUCCUAAAGAUGCCAACUCUGUUUCUCGUUCUGCAAUUAAUAAAGUUGUUACUGAUAAUAGUAAACUGUUAACAAAUGUAAAAAAUUCAACUGAAAUUGAUAAACAAUCUUAUUCAGGAUUAAAUUCAGAAUCAGAGUCAGGUUCAACCGAACAAUCAGGCUAUGACAGCGGUAGUAGUCAAGAUCAACCUGAACAGGAGUUAUUUUCUAUAUCUAGCAAAUCUUUAGUAACCAAAGGACUAGAUGCUAGUCGUAUGAAAAGAGAUGAAGAUGAGCAACUGAGACCUGAAAGAUAUGAAGAUCACAUCGAUUUUAAAAAUAUUAAAAGUUUGGUUAAUAAAGCUCACACAGAUGAUUCUAAAAAUUUGUCAGUAAAAGUCAAUAAAAGUGAUGAAAUUAAUACUAUUUCUGGCGAUGAAUCUGGUAGUGAGUCUGGUAUAUUUUCAGGUGAAGAUUUAGAUUCUGAAUCAGGAAUUACAUCUGAAAUAACAGAGAAAUAUAAAGAAAAAAAUACAACAAAGAAGUCUGAAAAAGUUAUUGAAAAAAGAGAUUUAUUAUUUGAGAAAGAUAAAAUCCCAAAUAAUGUAACUAAAAGUCUUAAAUCAGAAAAUAUAUCAGAUUUAGGUUCUGGCGACUCUUCUGCAGAAGAAUCAAGUUCAGAUGAGAAUAUUGUAAAUAAAAGAAGCACUAUAAAUGUUGAAGAAAGUUUUAAUGAUAAUAAAAAUAACAGAAAUACACAUCACACUAACUUUGCAAACAGUUCAAUUGACUCAAAAAUAUUGACAAAAAGGAACAAAGUUGCAAGUCCUGCAUUGGUUAAAAAUAGCGAGGAACUGCAAGUAUCUGGAGGAGAAAUUGAAUCUGGAUCUGGAUCAUUGUGGGAUGGCAGUUCUGAGUAUGGGUUAGGGUCUGGUGGUGAAAAACGUGGAAAAGUAUUUUUUAAAGCAGAGAAAGAAGAAAUUAUUGGUGACACAGUUGAUUAUUUUAGUGGAAGUGGCAGCGGUAGUGGGAGUGGAUCUUCAGUUAGCUCGGCAGAAACAAAAACUAAUAUAAGCUUUGAAUUGUUAUCUUCCGUAAACAAUAGGACUUCUGAUGUCAGACAAGCUAAAGACAAUUUAAGUCAUGACAGCCCCAUCAAUAAUACCAAUAUCUUAAACGUACUAAGUUUAGUCCAAAACAAAAGUGAUGUAAAAAUUAAUGAAAGUUUAAAUGAAAUUUUAAAAAACAAAACAUUAAAAAGUGAAGCUUUAAAAAACAAGAGCUUAAACAUUGAAAACAAUAAGAAUGAAACUUUUACACAUCCUGAAAAUAAAGAAGAGAAAGAUGAAGAGGAUGAUUACAAUAAAAGUGUUAACCAAAGUUUUAACUCAGUUAGCAAGGUAUCCCAAAAUAUAUCUAAUAAUUCAAAUAAAAGCUAUACCUUGAAUGAAGAUGAUGGAUCAAGCUCAGGAGAUGAAAAUAGUUACACAGAACAGAGUAUUAAAAAAGUAAGAAACAAUACAAAUAUAAAAAGCAAAGAUAAUAAAGAAUUACUCAUGAGUGUAGUAACAGAUAUGGCAAAAGCUGCUGAUGAAAGUAUUCAAGUUGAUGACUCAGAUAGUGUUGUUAAAAAGUCAAAAAUUCAUUUUCCAGAAGGAAAAAAUCUUAUAGUAAAAAAUAAAAUUGACAAAGAGAACAAAGAAAGUUUACCGGUGGAUCUUGUACUGAAGAAUCUUGUUUUGAAUAUAUUGAAAGAAGAUCCUUCAUUAAAGUCAAGUUUAUCUGAACUGGUUCAAAAGCGCAAAGUAGAAGAACGAAAGCUACAAGAUCAAAUAUUGAGCCUUGUAAGUCAUGAGCACCUUAAUAAACAAAAUGAUGAAGAAAUGGAAGAAAAAGUUACUAAUGAAAUCAAAGAUUUUGAAGGUUUGGUUGAAACUCUCUCUCAGACUGAAUCUUUAACUCCUAAUCAACAUGAAAUGAUUUCAAGAAAAUUGGAGAAAGAUUUGUUAAAUCAUCUAAGCAUUCCAGAAAAUCCAGAAUUACUUCAACAAGAAUCUGAACUUUUAAAAUCUUCUGAAAUGGAGUUUGUGAAAGAUAAAAUUGAAGAGGCUCGAGAAAAUACCAUUGAAUAUGCUACAAAACAUAGCGGAAAUAUGGAAGAUAUUCGGAAAUUUGCGAUUACAGCCUUAAAACCUAUUGUAGAAUCUUUGCCUCUCAAGAAAGAAGAUAUUGAAGGUCUUGCAAAAUCUAUAAGUAAAUCAGCAUGGGUUAAAAUGAUUACACAUAUGAAAUUAAAUCCAGAAAUAAAAUCAAAAGUCAAAAGAAGUCUUUUUAAACUCCUAAAUUUAUCAUAAAAACAUAAAAACAUGGAAUAUUGUUCGAAACUGGUGUAUAAUCUACAGAUUCACUGUCAAUAAUAUAUGUCAAUACUAGUAUAUAGGAAGCUGAUGCACUGGUGUUAUUUGAAUUAAUUUAAUCGUUACUUGAUUGAAGAAAAUUGUUUAUGUUUUGUAACUAUGAAUGGCUUUUCAUAAUAGCCGCAGAUUGAGUGUUUCAUGUGAGCGUUUGGUGUCACUUGGUUCUCUCAUUUUAAUAACUCUGUAGUAUAAUUCGUUCAUUUGCAUGCAUGAUUUUUAAUUUUUUUAAAGUCUUUUGGAAUGUUAAUGUGAUCUUGUUUUGUUUAUAAACGUUUCACGUGACAUGUAAAAUUGUAUAUUUUUAAUGUUGUCUUGCUUGCAGGAAUAAAUUUAUUUGUAAAAGAAAGAAAACCUUACAUUUUUUAAA